UCUCUCUCUCACACACACACAGAGGAAACAAACCCUUGGCACAAAAUCUGUUCCAAAACGUCAAAAUUCAUAUCACAGCCUAGAGAUCUUCACCACAUAAAGAAACUGCCUCUCACUUUCACUUAGUUUUUUCACCAACACUCUCUUCUUCACAGCUCAUAAAACCCGGCUCCACCAAAUGGUAAAAUUCGCCUUUUCUGCUCAGGCACCACUUUUGUACUAUAGAUGUGAAGCAUUAUAGACAUUCAUCAUUAUAGAAAUUCAGUUCCGAACUCCACUUUUUGCUUAAAUGCAAUCAUUCCUCAUUUGUACCCAUCUUCAAUCUCAGCACAAUUUUUCAUUAGUCUCUUCCCUUUUCCUCACAAAAUUAGCUCGAUAAACCAAACAUAUUCGAAAUCUACCUGUUCGAGCGUCGGUUGUAUCUGUUUUUGCAAAUGGAUUCCAUGUUGAUUAAGAAGCCCAAAGCGCUGCCCAAGCCCCUGCUGCUGAAAGACUACCUGCUGGACGAUAUGAGCUCGUGCUCAUCCAACGGCUUCAAAUCGUUCCCCAGGAGGCAAUGCUGCACCAGCACCGUCCGAUUCCUCGUCGACCUCGACCACGGCAGCAAGCGGAGAAGGAAAUUCCUCCCCAAUUUCGACAAAAUCGAAGCGGCGCCUAGGAAAUCCCCAGCGAAAUCGGCCGCAAUCGCCGCCCUCCGGCGCAUCUUUUCCGCCGUGAAGCGCCUCCCCUUCGCGUCCGAGGGUCCACCGGAGAGUAAGGACUUCCGGAGGUCGACGCUCCUGCCGCGGAACCUCUCGAGGAAGAUUUUCGAGAGAGGAAGCUUCUGGAAGAGGAAAUCGAGCUCGGGCCGCGAAGAGGUCGGGAGGUUGAAGUCGUUCGAUCAGCUGAUGAAGGAGGAUUCUCAGCCGUCGGAUGUUUUCGAUAGCUGCGCGGUGACGGCGGCGGGCAACGGCGGCAACGAGUUUGCGAGCGGUAAUGUGGUUACUGCUACUACUACUACUUGCGAGGUGGAUUUGGAUUUACCAAACGACGCCGUAGUGCUGGUAAAGAACGGCGACGUUUCAACUGGCUCAACUACCAGUAGUAAUGCCAGCAGUACAGCCACCGACGCUAGUACGAAGAACAAGCAAUGGUCAGUUAGUGAAGACAAGGAACAGUUCAGUCCAGUAUCAGUGCUCGACUGUCCAUUUGACGAUGAUGACGAGGUUUCCUCUCCUUAUCGACACCGGCUCGAUUGUACAGAUGAAACUCAGAAGAAGCUCGUGAAGAAAAUGAAGAGAUUCGGGUGCCUCGAACAGCUCGAGCCAGUGAGCCUCGCAAAACAAUUCGAAUCUCCCACCAAAAAAACAGUACCGGAAAUCGAAGACGAACAACUUGAUGAAGAAGAAGACGAAAACCGAGCACAACAAAAGGCACUGAACUUACUCAACGAAAUGGAAAAUAGUUUACUAUUAUCGCCCGGCAUCAAAAUGAAGGCAGACAAAUUGCUCCUAGACUUCUUUAAAGAAAAAAUCAUAAACAAACAAAAAAACACGCAUUCUCAAAACCCGUGUGGCGGGAGCUCGUUUGAAAAGGAAAUAUUAGACGAGGCGGAAAAUUGGGUGAACGAGAGAAAGCCGCGAGAGUUGUUUCUUGGGUGGGAAGUUGAGAGAAACCGAGCGGCUUACGUUAAGGACAUGGAAAAAUCGGACGAGUGGAGAUCGUUCGAUCGGGAGAAUGAUGAGGUGGCGUUGGAGUUGGAAGGUGAGGUUCUUUCUAGUCUCAUGAAUGAGCUGUUGGUAGAUAUCUCAUCUAAGACAACAGUUUGAGUUGUUUGGCAUUUGUGGUGAUGCUAAGUAUAUGUCAAGGUUGUUUUGGUCAUUUCAGUAGCCAUGUGAGGGGAAGAAGAACAAUGGCUGUGAAUGAGUAAGGCCACCUUGAGUCUAGGAAGGGGAAGAUAUUUAUGAGAAUUAUUGUAUGGUAUCAAUUUAGAUCUUGAAUGGUGAUAUUAUUGGUUUGUAUCACUAUGUAGCAAAACCAUCNAUU